UGCGUGAUACACGUAGAAAUUGCAUUUUUUUUUAAAUUGCAUAACUUUUGGAUUAUCAAUUCGCUCGGAUGUUUUGUUAAUUGUAAAAAGCUAUUAAAAUUCAUAUCAUAAAUUUAGAAUUGCUCAGUAACAUUCCACUUUAUGACCCCUACUGCACCUUAAAAAUACCAAUUCUAUCUCAAUUUUAUUUAUUGGUUAAGAAAUUUAUCAAUUAUUUUGUUUCGCAAAAAUCCGAUAAAAACAGAUUUUUUUACAACGAAUUAACUCGUGUCUUAUCAAUCCAUAAAUUUCCACAAAUCAGGGUUUGACUUACAUAGAUUAGAAAUUUUACGAAAAUUUAUACACUGAAAUUUACAAUUUUCCAUAUUUUGUAAAACUUUAUGCAAUAAUUUAUUUGCAAAGGAUCAAAAAAUUUGAAUCCGUGAUUUCUGAAAUUUCCCAAAUUUGUUUUGGCGGAAAAAUUGUAUCUAAAAAUUUGAUCGAAGUCCAGCUCUACGAAUUUUAAAAAUGUGUUCCGUCAGCAAAUUACAACUAAUAAUUUUGCUGGGAGGGUUUUACCUCGUGGAGAAAAUUUAUUGCCAGGAUCCAGCAAUUGCACAGUUAACUACGAGAGUUACAACGGUUAAUAAUACGGCAAUGGCAAACAAGAACGCCAUAGCAUCACUUACAACUCGUUUCAACACCUUUCAAAAUCAAUAUUAUGCUGAAUAUGAAGAUGUUAAUCAGAGAAUUUACGCGAUAACGAUGAACUUGACGACCGUCUACGGAACUCUGGACCAGCACACGGCCGCCAUUUCAGCCCUGUCGUUAGCAUUGGAUGAAGCAAAUUCAAAAAUAACCGCGGCAAAUGAGCUAAUUGCCAAAUUACAGGGGGCAAAUCAAGUCUGGAUCAGUAAUUGGCGCGUGGUUAACAAAACUUUUGCCGAGUUGAGGAAAAAAUUGAAAUUUGUGGUGCCUCGUGAAAUCAUUCGGGUUGGGCAGGUCGGAUAAGCAGGGUUUUUUGCGUAAUUUGGUAAUCUCAAUUAAAUAGAUAAAUACACUCAAAAUAAAAAUAAGUAAAAUUUACUCAAGGUUGAUUAAAAAGGAGAAUUGCACAAGUAAAAGAUAAAAUUUUGUGCAAAAUUUGCAAAAAGUUGCGUAAUCCAACGGGAGGAUAAAUUUUGCACAGCCUUGGAUAAAUUUUACUUUUUGGUUCUACAAUCAUCUUUUUUACUCAACCUUGAGUAAAUUUUACUUAUUUUUAUUUAGAGUGUAGGGUUUCCUUUAUAAGAAUAUAAAAAUGUAAGAUGUUCACCUACUGUAAUACGAUGUAAAUUUGUUUUCGUGUGUUAUAACUUAUUAAAAUUUCACCAUAUUUUUUGCAAUAUUUUCAAAAGUUUUUUCGAAAUCCAUUUUUUAAAAAAAUAUUUCAGCAGUUACACGAUGUAUUGAAACACAUGUAUUAUUAAAAAACGUAACUACGUCAUAUCUUGUUUUUGAUAAAUGCAUGUUCCGAAUUUAAAAGAAUUUCACUAAAAUAAAAAUGUACUGCAAUCUGCCAAGUAUUAUUUCAAAAUAUAAAUGAGAAUUUUGAAAGUAGCUAUUUUUUUAAUUUACAAGUAAUGUUGUUGGGAAAUAGGUACUUAAGUUAGCUACUUAAGUUGAGUUUGAGUUAGCUACUUAAGUUGAGAAAUCGGGAUGACUGACUUUUGAAUGAAUAAAAUUUUUCUCAACAGGUAUGAUUAAAUUCGACUAUACGAAAUUUAGGUAACAGAGUUGCAACGUCAGUCAUACUUUGAAACCUUUUGAAAUAUUUUUUGGAAAAUAUAACACAAAAUAAUUUAAAGGUCGCCGUUUGAUCGCCGUUCGAUGUUGAGGUCGAGGUUUUUUUUACACCAUUACCUAAUCUGCAUGCUGUACUUUGAAUGAAAAAAGUUUUUUUUGAACAGGUAUGAGUCAUUGGUAACUUUGUCAAAUCGAUAAUCUUUAUAAAUAAUAUUACUAAAUUUUACAAAAUAAAAAGACGCCUUUGAUCUGAUCCUUAAUAAACAUGUAAAGAUUUGUAAACUUA